GCUUGAAUUUUGUCUUGUCUUUAAUGGUUCUCCACUAGGAUUUCCCAGGAAAAGAGACUUCUCCAAUAUUUGUAAGGUCACGAUGAACUCCAGAGUUCAUUUUUGCCACAGGAAGAUGGUAGGCAAUGUGUCUUCUGACUAUAAGUAGCUUGGAAUUUUAGCAACAGCAUUUUCAGUAUGUUAGUGACAUUUAUAUAGUUCAUCUCUGUUGAAAGGAUUAUAGUUUCAGGAAUAUAUCAAUGUCUGCUUAGUCUUCCUGUGAGAAAGCAUAUUGCUUUAUGAACCAAAUCAAUUCUGUGCAGUGCAGCAGCCAGCAGUCAGUGUGUCCCUGGAAAUAGUGAACAGUUCCUUUGGAAGUACAGUAUUACUUGUUUUAGUUGUUCUGGUCCUUCAGGGCUGCCUAAAAAAGCAUGUGCUGACUAAAUGUCAUCUGAAGAAUAGAGAAGAAUGAUCAACCAAAUUACAGAAAAUGGCAAAGAAUUACUGCUAAGGGGUCAUGGCAACCAUAAAGAAAACAGUCCUUUUCUCAACAGUUCUGAAGCUGGCAAGGGAAGCGAUUAUUAUGAUCGAAACUUGGCCUUGUUUGAGGAGGAACUGGAUAUACGACCAAAGGUAUCUUCUCUACUUGGUAAGUUGGUCAACUACACAAAUCUCACUCAGGGAGCCAAAGAACAUGAGGAGGCAGAAAGUGCUGAAGGUUCAAAGAGGAAAGUAUCAAAAUCACCCAGCAUGGGCACCCUGAUGGGAGUGUACCUUCCAUGUAUGCAGAAUAUCUUUGGGGUUAUUCUCUUCCUUCGCUUGACAUGGAUGGUAGGAACAGCAGGAGUUCUACAGUCCUUCCUGAUAGUCUUAAUCUGCUGCUGUUGUACUAUGCUGACAGCCAUAUCAAUGAGUGCAAUAGCAACAAAUGGUGUUGUUCCAGCUGGUGGCUCCUAUUUCAUGAUCUCAAGGUCCUUAGGUCCAGAGUUUGGUGGAGCUGUGGGACUGUGCUUUUACUUGGGAACAACGUUUGCAGGAGCUAUGUACAUACUUGGUGCCAUUGAGAUUUUAUUGACAUACAUUGCACCGCAAGCAGCAAUUUUUCAUUCCACUGGUGCCCAUGAUACAUCAAGUGCUACGCUGAACAACAUGAGAGUUUAUGGAACCAUAUUCCUCACCUUUAUGGCUGUGGUAGUUUUUGUAGGAGUGAAAUAUGUUAACAAAUUUGCUUCUCUCUUCUUGGCCUGUGUAAUAAUAUCCAUAUUGUCCAUUUAUGCUGGAGCUAUCAAGUCCAUCUUCGAUCCCCCUGCAUUUCCGAUUUGCAUGCUCGGCAACAGGACCCUGACGAGAGAUCAUUUUGAUGUUUGUGCCAAAACAACAAUUGUGGGCAAUAUGACUGUGGCCACCAAGCUCUGGGAACUCUUCUGCCAUAGUUCUAACUUAACAACUGAUAAUUGUGAUGAAUAUUUUCUGCUCAACAACGUUACGGAGAUAGCAGGUAUUCCUGGAGCUGCAAGUGGCAUUUUAAAAGAUAAUCUGUGGAGCAAUUAUAUGGAGAAAGGAGAGAUACUGGAAAAAGCUGAUCAUCCAUCAGUUGAUGUACCAGGGCUGAAAAGCAACCUUCACCUUUAUGUGUUUGCGGAUAUAGCCACUUCCUUCACAGUACUAGUUGGCAUCUUCUUCCCUUCAGUGACUGGUAUCAUGGCUGGUUCAAACAGAUCAGGAGACCUCAAAGAUGCACAAAAAUCUAUUCCUGUUGGAACAAUUCUGGCGAUUGUCACCACGUCACUCGUCUAUUUCAGCAGUGUAUUACUAUUUGGAGCCUGCAUAGAGGGUGUUGUUCUUAGAGAUAAGUAUGGUGAUGCGGUGAACAAGAACUUAGUGGUGGGCACACUUUCUUGGCCCUCACCAUGGGUCAUUGUGAUAGGCUCAUUCUUCUCUACCUGCGGAGCAGGCUUACAGAGCCUCACUGGAGCCCCACGGCUACUGCAAGCUAUAGCCAAGGACAACAUUAUUCCUUUCCUAUGGGUUUUCGGUCAUGGGAAAGCAAAUGGUGAACCAACAUGGGCGCUUCUGCUAACAGCAUUAAUUGCUGAACUCGGAAUUCUUAUAGCUUCCCUUGACAUGGUGGCUCCAAUUCUCUCUAUGUUUUUCUUGAUGUGUUACCUCUUUGUCAAUCUGGCAUGUGCAGUACAAACACUUCUAAGAACUCCAAAUUGGCGGCCCCGAUUUAAAUACUAUCAUUGGGCUUUAUCAUUUUUAGGCAUGAGUAUUUGUCUUGCGUUGAUGUUCAUUUCAUCCUGGUAUUAUGCUCUGGUGGCUAUGCUCAUUGCAGGCAUGAUUUACAAGUACAUUGAAUAUCAAGGUGCAGAGAAGGAAUGGGGCGAUGGUAUUCGGGGUCUGUCACUCAGUGCUGCCAGAUAUGCCUUGCUAAGACUGGAAGAAGGUCCUCCCCACACCAAGAACUGGAGGCCUCAAUUGCUGGUGCUUCUGAAAUUAGAUGAAGAUUUGCACGUGAAGUAUCCGAGGCUGUUAACAUUUGCUUCUCAGCUGAAAGCUGGCAAAGGUUUGACUAUCAUAGGGACAGUGAUCCAAGGGAAUUUCCUGGAGAGUUAUGGAGAGGCCCAAGCUGCUGAACAGACUAUUAAGAACAUGAUUGAAAUUGAGAAAGUGAAAGGAUUUUGUCAAGUAGUUGUAGCCACCAAGGUUCGAGAAGGAAUUGCCCACUUGAUACAGUCCUGUGGACUAGGUGGCAUGAAACACAACACUGUGGUUUUGGGAUGGCCGUAUGGCUGGAGACAAAGUGAAGAUGCAAGAGCCUGGAAAACAUUUAUAGACACUGUGCGUUGUACAACUGCUGCCCAUCUGGCUCUGUUGGUGCCCAAAAACGUGUCUUUCUAUCCCAGCAACCAUGAGCGUUACAACGAAGGCAACAUUGAUGUGUGGUGGAUUGUGCAUGAUGGAGGCAUGUUGAUGUUGCUUCCUUUUCUACUGAAACAGCAUAAAGUCUGGAGAAAGUGUAAAAUGAGAAUUUUCACAGUAGCUCAGAUGGAUGACAACAGCAUUCAGAUGAAGAAGGACCUGGCUACUUUCCUUUAUCACCUACGAAUAGAGGCAGAGGUGGAAGUUGUAGAAAUGCAAAACAGUGAUAUUUCAGCUUAUACCUAUGAGCGGACCCUAAUGAUGGAGCAGAGAUCUCAGAUGCUGAGGCAAAUGAGACUGACCAAAACAGAAAGGGAAAGGGAGGCCCAGCUGGUAAAGGACAGACACUCUAUAAUACGGCUGGAAAGCCUGUACUCGGAUGAAGAAGAUGAGGGGGAGACAGUACCUGAUAAAAUUCAGAUGACAUGGACAAAAGAGAAAUGUGACUCUGAAAAACGGAACCGGAACACUGCAGUGGAAAACUUCAGAGAACUGAUCAGUAUUAAACCAGAGUGGGAAAACCUGAACCAGUCAAAUGUCAGAAGAAUGCACACAGCAGUGAAGUUAAAUGAAGUAAUUGUAAAUAGAUCUCAUGAUGCCAGACUUGUUCUUCUCAACAUGCCUGGCCCUCCAAAGAACGUAGAUGGUGAUGAAAACUAUAUGGAAUUCCUGGAGGUUUUGACAGAGGGCUUGGAGAGAGUAUUACUUGUUAGAGGAGGUGGUCGUGAAGUCAUCACCAUUUACUCUUGAUUUAAUAUGGCUUUCUGCCCCAUCGCACAUUUACCUUCUUGAUGACAAAGGACAUUCCAGUUGUAAAUGGAGAAGAAAAUAGGUUCUCUCUCUCCUCCUUCCCUCAAACAAACACAGACUUUCCAUCAUCCACCCAGUCUCCUGAAUGACUACUAGACUUUUCUCACCAACCUUUACACUAUGCCGUAGAUCUUAGUACUGAUUCCAUUGGUUUUCUGUCAAGUGACGCUCCAGUUGCUACAUACAUAUCUUUUGUAUUGCAGUACUACACCAUCCAACUGGCAACACAAGUGAAUCAUGAAUCUACAAUAUUACUCGGCUUCUGCUUUGAUACUCUGGCAUUUGUGAAUGUAGUUUUAACACUAAACCUAUUUUUAGAAAACAGUGCUAACAUGCAGUGUUUUUAGAAACUGUGUAUAAAGUUAGGGCUCGAAAGUCAGUUACUGUUACAAGAUUUUAAAAGCUUUUAUAUUUGUUUAUGGGGAUAGGACUACAUUAUAUAGCAGCUAGUUUCUUUUGAAGUUCAGCUAUAAUGCAUUUUCUAAACAAAACAUGAAGUUGUAAGAACUGACUGACAAAGCUACAGUUUUGUGGGUUCGUUUCCAGAACUACAGUUCGAGUAUUGGAUAAGAAUUUAUACUUUAAUACAUUUAUAGAUUUAAAUAAAUUAUGUUGAUAUAGUUGAUUAUGUAUGUAGAUUGCUACAAACAGUGUGUAGCUUCUGAGACUUAUGGUUCUGUGGAGGAGGCAGGUCCCUAUUUAUUUUUAUAUUUAUUUGUUAGAAACAUUGGAAACACAGAUGCAAAUAGUCUAGGAGUUUCACAGAGAGGUUUCUUAAAUCAAUUUCAAACCAUCAGCGGAUUGAAGAGAAGUCCUGUGCAGUUCUUCCCCAUUUUAAAUUCCUCCGGCCCAUCAUUGUAUGAUUCUGAGAAUCCAGUACAUGGAAAUAGAGGUGCUGCAUUGCACACAGCGAUGGAUUGCACCUGCACAAGGGCAGGAGCUGCUUUUUUGUAGGCUUGUCUUUUACCAAGCCCAUUAAAUUAUACUUACUGUACAGAAGGAUCAUAUUUUUUCAAUAAAAUGUUGCAUACACUUAAUUACUAAACAAUGUGGAGUUCUAUAUGCUGUAAUGCAAUAGCUAGUAUGCACACCCCACUCUCUCUAUUGUAUGGAAUUGGGAUUGUUCAACUACAGCUGUAUAGACUACUAACUGUUAAAGGAACAUAAGAACUGACACCCCAGCCAAAGUCUUGUCUGACAUUGCCUGGUAUAUAAUACCCCAUAAUAGAUAACUGUGCGCUAACAUAUUUAUGGGAGGAACAGGAGGGACUUUCUCUUCACCUUAACUGUUAGUGGUUGGCAUAUACUGAAGCAUUAAGGUUGAUACACUUGAUACAUUUUUUAAUUCUGUCUAGGAUAGCAGUUGAUAUAAUCAUAUAAAUGUUUUGAUUUCUAGUAGCAGUGAGUUCCACAGACUGAUGAUACAUUGUAUUAAACACUUACUAGUUUCCAAA